GAGGCGGAGUCCGCGGCGGCCUCACGGACAGGGAGGCGGAGCCGCGAGCCUAGGCUUUAAAGCCGGAGAGACGUAAAGGGUCAGGUAGCUCGAGGCUGGCGGCGGAGUUUGUCCUGUUGUCAGGCUCUGUGGAUAGUCACAAUGGGAAGCAAAGGAAGGUUUGUCCUGCUUGGGCUCCUGCUCAUCCUGGCUGACCUCUGCCAUUCAGGUUACAGCCUGCAGUGCUACAACUGUAUCACACCGCCUUCUAAGUGCACCAUGGUCAGCAAUUGUACACAUAACAUGGAUGCGUGUCUCCUGGUUGAAGCCGGUUCAAGACGAUAUUAUCAGUGUUGGCGGUUUUCAGACUGUAAUUUCGAGUCCAUUUCAAGGAUCCUGGGAGAGAAGGAACUGAAGUACAACUGCUGCCAGAAGAACCUGUGUAACGGUCAGGGGGCGCUGACCUUGCCAGUGAAAACAUUUCUGCUGGUGGCCUUGCUGCUGGCAGCCUGGAACGUCUAUCUCUAAUCAACACCAAGAGGGCUUCUCUUGAACUCUGUGCAUAUUCCCCAUCCCCUUGCCACUGUAUUCCCCAAGUCUUUAUUUUUAACAAGUAGAUGCUGUUGUGAAAGAAUAAAAUUAGUGUGAGCAGCUUGUCUAAGAGGGAGGAUUCUGAAAGACCUUGAAGACCAGUCUUGUUCAGGCGGGGAGGAUCUGUUUGGGGAAAAAAGGUAAAGAGCUAGGUUACAUGCUUCUUCCUCUGCUCUUUGGAGGACCAGCUUUGCAGGGACAGCUCGGGUGGGUUCUUUGCAAUCCUCAGUUCUUUCUCUUUGAUUCCUUGAAUGUAGUUGAAUACUAUGAUCAUUGCUUUUUGAAGAGGCAAAAGAGGAGCCUGUGACAUUCUCUCUCGUGGCAUUUUUUCAUCCCUUCACGGCCCCUGCAUUGCCAUGUGGGUGCACUGAAUGUUCCAGAUGGUGGGCUGUCAGCAGAGGCAAUGAGAUUCUUAAUGCAGAGUGAAUGGAGUGACUAUUGUACUCUCAACUGGAAGGUGUCUGGCAGGGAAGGGAAGAAGCUCUUCAGAUAACAGAGUAACAAGGUUUGUCUUUAGAGAGGUUUCCUGUGUCCCUAAGUUGUGUAUGGGCUUUGUGUCUUUCAUUAGAAAAACUUACAGUAUAAACUAAUGGUGUGUUAAAGCUAUUUUUCUCCUUUUUUUUUAAAAUGGUGUGAUAUCUUGGCUUUGCCACAAAUAAAAUAUUCUGUGCUACACAUGA